AUUGGCCCAGGGAGAGGGGAGGAGAGCAAUGACAAAGUGAAGGAGAGCGAAAGGACGGGGUUUCUGUGGCCACUGGCUCCCACCCUGGCCCACAGAGAUGGCGCUGACCGUGCGACUGAGCUCCCCGAGCCUGAGGCGAGGGCUGGCUUCGGCAGCUAAGGGCGACCACGGAGGGGCAGGAGCAAAAACCUGGAAGCUGCUGACGUUUGUGGUGGCGCUGCCCGGGGUGUCGGUCUGCACCCUCAACUCGUGGCUGCACGCCAACCACUCCCACCAGCGCCCGGACUUCAUCCCCUACCACCACCUCCGCAUCCGCACCAAGCCCUACUCCUGGGGGGACGGCAACCACACCUUGUUCCACAACCCUCACGUCAACCCCCUGCCCACGGGCUACGAACACCCCUGAGCCCCGGCCGAACCGCCCCGCCAAACUGCGAUUACCACAGUCCUCGGCGCGCAGGAGGCGCUCAAUAAAUACGACGAAUGAAUAAAUGAAUGAAUGAAUGAAUAAAACUGCCCCGGGGACGCCGGUGGGGGGGGGGGGAGACCUUGGUGGGUGCGCAUGCUCAGUGAGGCGGCAGCGGGCGUCGGCUCCAGGCCUUCCGGGCCUGUCAAUCAAAAGGUCCUGGGUUCGAAUCCCGAGGACGCCACUUCGGUCAACUCUAUCCGUUGCUCUAUCAAGAGAAGCAGUGUGGUCUGGUGGCACAUAAAUAAAAAAAUUAAUAAAUGGUG